GUAUCUACGCUCUUUAGGGUUCGUGGUUUGUAUUUUAUGCGCCCGUCAUUACGUGCAUUACUUGUAAUCAUUGAGAGGACAGGAAAGCGGUGGACAUGUAGAAGUGUGAGACUCAGAUUUUCCAACACGGCUACAGGAACACCAUCAUGUUUGAAUUCGUUUGUAAUAUGACACCAUCAGAUAACCUCUCAUGCUUUCAGAAGAGUGCAUAUUAUGCAGGAAUCAAAAUUUUCAACAGUCUACCAUCAAAUCUCACAAGUCUUGUAAAUAUGAAGGAGCAAUUUAAGAUUUCCUAAAUGAUGAUAGGAACGUAGAACAAUGGCUGAAAGUCUGGCUGAUGAUUUCUAUGCCACUCUUGCGAGUGUGAAGAGGAAGGCACUGCAUGAUUCUGGAUGCAAUACAGAAACAACGAAGGAAGGAAAUGUAUUACCAUUCAAAAGGAAUACAUCAUCAAAGAACAAAGAAGAGCAGUUGGACCAUUUUAGGAAUAGCACACAGAGUAAGGACAAACAAAAGUGUGAACAGUUUCCUGUAAAGGAAAAGAAUAUAACCAAACAUAGUGAAUGUAAUGUACUACCAAAAGAAGGCAAAAUGUUGCAUAUUCAAGAUACAUCAAAGCAUGAAACAUUUCUUAGGAAGGAAAAGGGCAUUUCCAAAAACAAUAAUUAUAAUCUGCCAUGUACACAUAAAGAAGUAGAACAAGCUGGAGGCAGAAGACAACAUUUAAGUUCAGGCUAUUCUACAUUUGGUGAUGGAUGGCAGAGAGUUUCUAAAUGUCAGAAGGGAAAGAAUAAACAAGCCAAGAUACCGUCUGAACCUGGAUACCAGAAGAAAGAAGUAGGUUCUUCGAAUAUCAAUUACAAAAUAAGAGAGUCUUUUCAGGCACAGGCAGGACAAGGCAGAUUUCUUGCAGAAGGAUUGCAUCAGCGUAACAGAAGUCGUGGCUCACGUAUACAUACUGAGGAGCACAUUCUUCCUGUGCAGCCCAAACAGGAGAAAGAUGAAGGGAUGUCACAACAGAGAAGAGAGCAAAAGUGUGGUCUUGGGUACAGAUACCUGGAAAAACUGGCUGAUGAAGAGCCCUAUAAGAUUAUUAUGGUGUUAGCCAAUAGGAGAUCAGGGUUUGAAACUUUACUGAAGCAGCCACUCAGGCCUGAUUUGCUAAUUCUAAUUGUCAAAAUUUUAUCAAAAUUUUGUAAAGCUGACUUUGAAGAAAACAAGGCUGCUGUUUUGUCUUAUGCUUGUCAUCAUGACUUUCUAGAUCAAUUGUCAAAGCAUAUAGCUCUUAUUCCACUUGAGGUGAACAAACAGAGGAAAGAGAAUGUUGGCAACUUUCUUGAAGAUCUUUUGACUUUCCUUGAAAGUGUUAUUAAGCUUCUACCAAGUAAAGCAGCUGAAGGCUUUGAAAAUAUAUUCAUGAUGACUGAUGUGAUGAUGAAAAUCUUUGAAGGGCAACAUGAUACAGCUGCUAGUAUUGAAAAAUUGAAGAAAAACUUUGAAUAUCUCCAAGCUCAAUUUAAGACCUGUGUUGAAGGAGAAGAAAAGAAGAAAGUUGGUGAAAAUACUAAUAGUUUUGCUCUGGAAGUGCCACAAGAUAACUUUAGAGAAAUUAGUGUAUUCCCAAAACCAGAAGAUAUCCUCACUGAAGAGCCAGGAUUUGUUAGGCCAAACAUCAUUGAUGGGGCAUAUGAGAGUGUGGAUGAUUACCUCGAUACACAGUUUCGUUUGUUGCGUGAAGAUUUUGUGUCGCCACUGAGGGAAGGGAUUUUGGAAUAUGUAAAUAUGUGUGAUAAAAAGAGGAUAAAUAAAAUUAACAGUGUAAGAAUCUAUCGUAAGGUAUUUUUCCUCAACCCAAAGAUUGUAAAUGACCGACUUGGACUGAUUGUAUGUUUUGACCCUGACAGACAUCUCAAGAGAGUUAUCUGGGAGCAUUCUAAACGAUUUUUAUUUGGUACAUUACUAGCAUUCUCAAGAGACAACUUCACAAAUGUAAUUUUUGCAACUGUCAUGGAUAGAGAUAUUACAGAGUUAAAGAAUGGGAAGAUUGUGGUUGAAAUUAGUCAGGGCUUUGUUGUUUCUAAUGAUAUAUUCUCUCAUGAGUUUGUAAUGGCUGAAUCACAAGUGUACUUUGAGCCAUAUUUUCAUGUUUUGAAGGCAUUGCAGAACAUGGAGACAGAAUCAUUCCCGAUGGAGAAAUACAUCAUUCAUGCUCAAAUAUCAGAUGAUCUACCAAAGUACAUGUGUACUGAGGGAGGAGUCCUUUUGGAUAUAGAUGGCAACACAGUCUUUGCUUUGGAACACAAUUCUUGGCCAGGGCCAUUGGAAUUGAAACUUGAUGAGUCUCAAUACCGUGCUUUCAAAUCAGCUCUUACAAAAGAAUUUGUCGUCGUACAGGGACCACCAGGAACAGGAAAAACAUUUAUAGGACUCAAAGUAGCUACUGUGCUGCUUAGAAAUGCUCCUAUAUGGAAUGCUUCUUCCAAGCCAAUGCUUGUGGUAUGCUACACAAAUCAUGCCUUAGAUCAGUUUCUAGAAGGAUUGAUUCCAGUCACCGACAGAAUUGUGCGAAUUGGCGGGCAGUCAAAAAGCUUAGUUCUAGAAGCAUUCAAUUUGAAGGAGAAGCGUAGGAAACACAGGAGAAGGGCACAUCUGUCUAAUCUUUCAAAAGACAUUCAUUAUAGAAUGUCAGACAUAAUGAGACGCAUAAAGAUCAUUCAGGAAGAUCUUGAAAUGAUAGCCACCCAUCAAGGGAUUAUUUCUUUGCAUGCCCUAAAAGAAUUUCAAAUAAUUCAAGAUCAGCAUUUAAAUUGUUUUGCAUCUCAUGAUCGUACAAUUUCUGAAAAUCUCUUUAUUGAGUGGCUUGAGUAUGGAAGGUUUGAUUAUGUACCUACAGAUGAAGCAGAAGGAAAUCAUUAUCAUAAUCAAGGUCACAAUGUUCAUGCAGAUAAUCAAGCAGAAGAAAAUUUUGAUGAAACAGAAGGCUUGCAGCACUGCAUGAUAGAUGACUUGAUGGAUUGGGAAUUAGAUGUUCAUAUUAUUAGGUCUCACCUGACAUUUUCAUUGGAUUUAGGGAGACUUGAAGCAGAAAUAGAGUGGAGUGAGUUACAAAGGUGGGACCUGGAGAGAGAAAUUAAGGAAGAUCCUAGCCUUGCUGAUCAAAUGGAAAUGCAGCAGGAGAUAUCUGAGGACUUGAAGUUUAAGAUGAACUAUAUCAAGAGACAACUUAGCCAGCAAGGGAAUCAAAACAGGAGGACAGUGGAGUAUCUUCUGCAACAAGUGAACUUGUGGCAGUUGCAGGGAGAAGAUAGGUGGACUCUUUACAGAUACUGGGUGGACAGAUUAAGGAAUGUUCUGCUUGAUGAGUUGCAUAAGGUAGAACGCAAGUUACGUGAUGAAGCCAAGAUGUAUGAAGAAGUACAGCAAAUUCAUGACCUUGAAAUACUGAAAGAUUCACUGAUUGUUGGUAUAACAACUACUGGAGCUGCCAGACUCAAGUUAUUAAUGCAGGCCCUUCAAGCAAAAAUAGUGAUUGUUGAAGAAGCAGCAGAGGUCAUGGAGAGCCACAUUGUUGUAUCUCUAACACGUCACUGUGAACAUCUCAUCCUAAUUGGAGACCACCAGCAGUUGCGGCCUUCUCCCGCUGUGUUCCGACUUGCACGUGACUACAACUUUGACAUCUCUCUUUUUGAGCGGAUGUUGAAGAACAAGAUGCACUGUGAUAUACUGAAAGUCCAGCACCGUAUGAGACCAGAAAUUGUGAAUCUGAUUGUUCCAACCAUCUAUCCAGAGUUGCUGAACCACAAUUCUGUGUUGAAAUAUGAGAAAAUUCGUGGUAUGCUGAACAGUGUGUUUUUUAUCACACACAAUUAUCCAGAAGAAGAGGUAGAUGACACAUCUAGUCACAGGAACACUCAUGAGGGCGACUUUCUCAUCGCUCUGUGUCGUUAUCUUGUCCUACAGGGAUAUUCACCUAGUUGCAUUACUAUUCUGACAACAUACUCUGGGCAGCUGUUUUACCUACGUAGUGUACGAAAGAAGUACGGCAUACUAGAAAAAGUAAGGAUAACGGUGGUUGAUAACUUCCAAGGAGAAGAGAAUGACAUAAUCUUACUGUCAUUGGUACGAAGCAACAAGGAAGCCAAAAUUGGCUUCCUCAAAAUUGAGAACAGAGUGUGUGUUGCUCUCUCCAGAGCAAAGAUGGGCUUCUACAUAAUUGGUAAUAUGGACAAUUUAACAAGGAGUAGCUCAAUCUGGCCAAAGAUCAAGGAAUCACUGAAUAAACAAGAGUCUUUGGGCACACACUUGACAUUGAGAUGCCAGGUACAUCCAUCAGUGUUCACUAGAGUUUGCAUGGCUGCAGAUUUCCACAAUGUUCCAGAAGGCGGUUGUUUGCAGAUUUGUGGAACUCAACUUCAGUGUGGACACAGAUGUAAAAGUGUCUGUCAUGUCCGCAACAGAGACCAUGCAAACAUGAUGUGUCAUGAGCCAUGUGUAAGGGUACCAGGGCAUUGUGAACUCCAGCACAAAUGCUUGAAAUUAUGCUUUGAAGACUGUGGAGAUUGCAGAACACUUGUGUCAAGAACAUUACAGUGUGGACACACAUCGCGUCUGUGCUGUUACAUUGACCUUGAGAAAUACAAAUGUGCAGUGGAAGUAGAGGUUGAGCUUCCAGAUUGUGGACAUAAAGUGAAAAAGCCUUGUCACAUGGACAUAAACCUGAUCUCUUGUUUGCAUGCUUGUGAAGACCGCCUGCCAUGUGGACACAGUUGUAGUUUGAAUUGCCAUGUAAAGGAUGACCCUGAUCAUCUAGAAUACCAGUGUGAGAAGCCAUGCACUAGAAAGAAUGUGGGUUGCAAGGAUGACCAUGUAUGUAUCAAGAAAUGUUACGAGGAAUGUGGUGACUGCAGGAUACCAGUUUCUAAGAAGCUGCCUCAUUGUGAACACCCUGCACUCAUGCCAUGCUCUGUGGAUUCCGAAAUAUACCUUUGUAGGACAAAGUGCAGUAAGAUUCUGCCCUGUGGACAUCCAUGUCCCAAUAUCUGUUCUGCUGUGUGUGGAAAUUGCCAAGUUAAGGUUAGGAAACAAUUAGUUGGUUGUGGACAUCAUCUUCAGGUGAAAUGCUGUGAAGAGCCAGAUCCGAAAAUGUGCAUGGACCCUUGCAAGAGGACCUUGCCCUGUGGCCACAAGUGCACCACUCAUUGUUCUGUUGCGUGCACUGAAAAGUGUCUGGAACUGGUUCCGUGUAUCGUCCGACCAAUGUGUGGACACUCGAUAGAAAUACCCUGCUACAUGCAAAGAAAAAUUUUGGCUCCAGACUCGGAAGUACUGCUGUCCCUGUGCAAGAUUCCUUGUGGCACGUUACUGAGGUGUGGCCACCGAUGUGUAGGUACAUGUGGAGAAUGCAUGCAAGGGCGUAUACACAGGGCCUGUAAGGAGAAGUGUGGGAAGACACUGAUCUGUGGGCACAGUUGCAAUGUACCCUGUGCAGACACCUGUCCACCUUGCAAUCGCAAGUGCAACUACAAAUGCAAGCAUUCAAAAUGUUCCAGAAUCUGUGGACAGCCAUGCCUACAAUGCAAAGAGCCUUGUGACUGGGCGUGCAGGCACCGUCGUUGCAGAAAGUUGUGUUUUGAGUUCUGUGACAGGGAGCCCUGCAAUGAACCAUGUGAGAAGCUGCUGCCAUGCAAACAUCCAUGCAUUGGUUUCUGUGGUGAAACAUGUCCCCCUCUAUGCAGGAUCUGCAAUAAGGAUGAGGUCACCGAAGUGUUCUUCGGAACUGAAGAUGACCCAGAUGCAAGAUUUGUGUAUUUGGAAGAUUGCAAGCAUGUAUUGGAAGCAACAGGGUUGGAGCAGUGGAUGGCUCAGUCAGAUGGAGAAAUAAAACUGAAGGAUUGUCCCUUAUGUAAAACACCCAUUGCCAAAACACAACGCUUCAUGAAUAUAGUAAAGAAGAUAUACCGUGAUGUGUGUCAUGUGAAGAGCCGUGUUUUUGGAAACAGGAAAGAAAUAGAAGCCAGUCGAGAUGACCUUAAGGCAGAAUUGCUGCUAGUGAAUAAACACAGCAGCACCAUGAAAGAGUCUACAGAAUUCAACAUCUUGUAUAAUAAGCUCUCAGCAGAACUACAGCCUGUUCUGCGGAAGAGACUAAACAUCCUAAGUGCUACAAAUACAGCUACACUCAAGGUUCAGGUAGAGAUAUUCCGUCGGUUGGCCGAGUACUACAGUAACACUCACAAAGCUUUGGAUGGAGAAUCAAGAGGUAAAUUAAUCGCUCACAUGGAUAUGUUGCUGCGUGUUGUGAAAAUGCAGGAAAAGAAGAUCAGUGUUCAGGAAACUGAAGACGUCAAUAUGGAGAUCCAGCGUUUUUACAGAUUGUGCCAGCUGUACAAGCUGAAGAGUGAGGGCGCAUAUAGAAUAAACCGCAGUGAUCCUGAGGUGAAAGGAUAUUAUGAGGCAGCACACAGAAUUGCAUAUUCCAUAGAGAAAUUUUCUGUGGAGUGUGACAUGGAACUAAAGAAUGCACUUGAGAAUUUGAGCAAGGUACUGAAGAGUGCUGUUGGGAUAACAGAUGCUGAGAGGAAAGAGAUAGUACUUGCAAUGGGCUACAGGCAAGGUCACUGGUAUAAAUGUCCUAAUGGGCAUAUAUAUAUCAUAACAGAAUGUGGAGGAGCAAUGGUGGAAGCUCGAUGCCAUGUGUGUGGAGCAGCAAUAGGAGGCACAAACCACAGGCUUCUGUCAACCAACGCCGUAGCUACCGAAAUGGAUGGUGCUACUCAUCCUGCAUGGCCACAGUAAACAUUUGGCUCUUCUAACACAUGCAUUUGCUGCCAAAAUGAGCAGUCUUCAUGUCAGACCUCUGACUGAACAUAAACAUACAUAAUCAUUAAAGAUUUAUAUUCAAGUAUUCUGUUUUCUGCUUGCAUUAGCAUUUUGUAAUUCCAGAAUGUUUUGUUCUGCUGAAGUUUAAUAUCUUUUUAUCUUUUUAAUGUCUUAAUUUUUGUUCACAUGUUUUUUUGGCAAGCUUGUUGUUUACAUGAUUAUUUUAUUCCGUUGUAUGCACAUUGAUAAGAAAAACAGAAUGGAAAAUCUUAACAUUUGGUGUUCUCAAGAGAACCAUUUACCUGUGGUGUAGACAAUGUUUUGAUAAUUGUGUAUGGCAGCAUAUUGGCGCUUUUGAUAAACUUCUAUCCCAUGCUAUUUACCAUUGAAUAAUGAAUACUUAAGAAACAGCACAGUAUAAAAAGCUAGAAUUGAAAGGUUAUAUUAAAUAAUUAUAAAAUGAAACUAUAAAUAUGCAUAAAAUUUUAUUCACAUACAGUAUAAUGCGUUGUGUUUGAAAAUAUUUACUUUGUUCUUUUUUUUGUGGGCCUUUGUCACUUCACGUAGGAGUGUACAUAAUAGGCACUCUUUUGUUUCAGUGCAGCUGUUGCACUGAAGAAUACUGCCAAACGUUUUGGGAGCACAAACAUAAUAAUGGGAAAUUGUUAAAAUCGCAAUAUAAUCUGUGUAGCUUUAAAUAAUGGCCAGAUUUGUUUGUAUUGUUGAAAGGCUCAUUAAUACAGACUGAAGGAAGGUUAGCAGUGAGACUGUAUCUGCCUAAGGGACCCACCACAGUAGACAACCCUUUCUCUAAACUUCACCUGAUUACGAAGACAAAGUAAGUUUCAAAGUUAUACACAGAACAAUAAUUCCAGAAAUGAAAAGACGAGUGGUUAAAAUAUAGUGAAUAUGCGAGGGCAUUUUUCUUGAGAAUAAUUUUGUAUGCCACUGCAGUGAAUUUUUAUAAAAAAAAUUGAGUCAAUCUGAUCUAGUAAAUUGCGAUCCGCUUUCCUCGUUUUGCAGAUGUUUUCUGAUUACACACUGAAGUUUUGUUAAUGGAACACAUAAUUUCUUUUUUUGUAAUUUCCCGUUCACAAUACAAUGGGGCAGACUUCUAAAAGGUUACAUGAUACACGGGCUGUACUGAAAGUUGUAAUGAACAUAUCCAGAUUCCAGAUAUGCUGAAUUCACUACAUUAUUUUUUAUGUAUUUUAGGCGGCUGUUAGUAGCGCAGCAUUAUAUACUGCGAUGUUUAAUGAAUAAUCAUACGGAAAUUGUGGCGGCGUAAUUCAACCUUUUGAGGCCGAAUAUUAAUUGUGUGUACCAUCUGUUCUAACAUUCUAUAACUGCAUUUUUCCUACAAAGUGUAUUUAUGGGUUUCUUAUUCUCAGAACAGACAGCAAUUAUUUCUUUAAACAAUGUAAACAAUUGAUCUUUGUAAUGGUGAUGGAUUGUGUUUUCAUUGUGCAUUAUUUUCUUAUCACAUUAUUUAAAUAAUACAAAUGUAAGUUAAAAAUA